UUGCUUCACCUGCUCCACCGCCAGAAUGCGACUGCCAUACCGAAAUAAGAAGGUCACCCUGUGGGUGCUCUUCGGCAUCAUCGUCAUCACCAUGUUCCUAUUCAAAUUCACCGAGCUGCGGCCCACAUGCCUCUUCAAGGUGGACGCCUCCAACGAGCUGUCCUCCCAAAUGGUUCGCGUUGAGAAAUACCUCACAGAUGACAAUCAACGCGUUUAUUCAUACAACCGUGAGAUGCCAUUAAUAUUCAUAGGCGGCGUGCCCAGAUCUGGGACGACUUUGAUGCGCGCCAUGCUGGAUGCCCAUCCCGAUGUGCGCUGCGGGCAGGAAACCCGCGUCAUUCCACGCAUCCUGCAAUUGCGCUCGCACUGGCUGAAGUCCGAGAAGGAGUCGCUCCGCCUGCAGGAGGCCGGCAUCACCAAAGAGGUCAUGAACAGUGCCAUCGCGCAGUUCUGUCUGGAAAUCAUCGCCAAGCACGGCGAGCCGGCGCCGCGCUUAUGCAACAAGGAUCCGCUGACGCUGAAAAUGGGCUCCUAUGUCAUCGAGCUAUUUCCGAACGCUAAAUUCCUAUUCAUGGUGCGCGACGGCCGGGCGACAGUUCAUUCGAUUAUAUCGCGCAAGGUGACAAUCACCGGCUUCGAUUUGAGCAGCUACCGGCAGUGCAUGCAGAAGUGGAACCACGCCAUCGAGGUGAUGCACGAGCAGUGCCGGGACAUCGGCAAGGAGCGGUGCAUGAUGGUCUACUAUGAACAGCUCGUCCUGCAUCCCGAGGAAUGGAUGCGAAAGAUACUGAAAUUCCUGGACGUUCCAUGGAACGAUGCGGUGCUGCACCACGAAGAGUUCAUCAACAAGCCGAACGGCGUGCCCCUGUCCAAGGUGGAACGGUCGUCGGACCAGGUCAUCAAGCCCGUAAAUCUGGAGGCGAUGUCCAAGUGGGUCGGCCAGAUACCCGGCGAUGUGGUACGCGACAUGGCCGACAUAGCGCCCAUGCUGUCCGUGCUCGGCUACGAUCCGUACGCGAAUCCGCCGGACUAUGGUAAGCCAGAUGCAUGGGUGCAGGACAACACGUCGAAGCUAAAGGCCAAUCGAAUGCUGUGGGAGAGUAAGGCCAAGGAAGUGCUGCAGAUGUCGUCCAGCGAGGAUGACGACUCGAAACCGGUCAUCAACAAUAGCAACAACAACAACAAUAAGGAUAACAACAAUAAUCAGUACACAAUCAAUAAAAUUAUACCAGAAGAACACAACAGACAGCAUGUACAGCAGCAACAUCUACAGCAGCAACAUCUGCAACAGCAACAGCAGCAGCAACAUGAGCGACGCGAGGGGGAGAUCGAGGCGGAAAGGGAAGGGGAAACGGAACCGGAUCGAGGACAACAAUUGUUGCAUCAAAAGCCAAAGGAUGUCAUUACGAUAAAGCAGCUGCCAUUAGCCGGCAACAAGAACAACAACAACGAGGACCCCAUGGCGGAUACAUGAUAUCCGCACAUACCCAUAAGACUGCCGCGUGGCAAGCAUUGAACCUGGGAAACUUGGCUGCCGAUAAGGAUAACGAUAAUGAUAACUGUUGCUGCUGGUGGAAAACCAAUUUUAAAUUGUAUUAGCCGAGACAUUUGCAUGCUUGAUAUGUGUAUAUGCAUAUGAUGUAUUUGCAUUAAUGCUUCUUAAAGUUACCAAAAAAAAAAAACACAAAAACAAAACAAAAGUAGUUAAACAUCUACAGAACGUUUCGUGACGAAAAGACUUAAAGUUGCAGGGAGAAAUGCCAAUUUAUAGCCACCCUCCGCCCCUGAAUUCAUAAUAAUUUAAUUUAUGCCUUAAUAUCUCUUAACUGGAUUUACCUUAAUGCGGGCUGGGCGUUGAAUUAUAAAUAAAUUUAUUGUGCAAUGAAAUACUUCAUUUGGCCCAUUUAAAUGGCCAAUUACAAUACCUACUACCUUAAUUACCAGCUAAUCAUAUUCAACUGAUAAGCUACUUAAUUAAACAAUUGCAUCAAUGUAAUUUAGUUAAAGCUGCGACUUAAUGCGAUUUACGUUAUUAUUAUAGCCUUGUUUUUAAUCAAACGGUUGGCAUUCACCCCUUUCCCUCAUAACCUAACAGUCAAGAAACGCACUGUAUGCCUAAAUCUUAAAAAUGUGUUGCGCCAAAAAAUAAAAAAUAAAACCACCAAAAGAAUAUGCAAAAGGAAAAGAAGGCUUUGCAAUGAUGAAGAUGCCGGAAAUCCAAGCAAGCCCUCACCGACCUCCUUUAC